CCAUCUUAGCUCACUGCACCCUCUGCCUCCCAGGUUCAAGCAAUUCUCCCACCUCAGCCUCCGGAGUAGCUGGGACUACAGGGGUGCACCACCAUGCUCAGCUAAUUUUUGUAUUUUUAGUAGAAAUAGGGUUUCACCACAUUGGCCAGGCUGGUCUCGAACUCUGGAGCUCAAGUGAUCUGCCCACCUCAGCCUCCCAAAGUGCUGGGAUUUUAGGUGGAGCCACCAUGCCCAGCUGAGGUUCUGCAUUUCUAUCAAGCUUGCAGGUGAUGCCCAUGCUGCCAGCCCUUUGAGUAACAAGGGGGCUAUAUUACCGAGCUUGGCUGAACAUUGGGAUCAUCUGUGGAGCUUUAAAACUACUAAUGCUGGGCUCUCAACCCCAGAGAUUGCAAUAUCAUCAGUCUAGAAUGCAGUUUGAGUACUAGGAUUUUGAAAAGCUUCAUAAGUGAUUCUAUUUUGUAGAAAUAUUGAGAACUACUAGAUUGGAUGAUAUUGAAUCCAAUUUUAAAACAAGGUGUAGCAAUAAAUGUUCUUCAGCCCUGUGUUGCUGACUUUUUAGAAAGUCAGUUUUGUAGCUCUAGAAAGAAUCUGGCUGCAUCCAUGGAUGACCUCCAGAUCUCUGCUUAGCAUGACUGGGUAAUUUCUCCAAUGUCUCCAGCACAUGCUGUCACUUAACAGCAGAAAGAGAAUUCCUACUUUCAGGAGAAAAGUCAUUCCUGAAGAUUACAGUUAAAAUAUGCCUACAGAUGAUGAGGUUGUAGUAAAUCAGUCCCCUUGCUCUCUGAGCUUGUUCUAAGUUACAGGAAGCAGAAGAAGCAGAGAAGCACUCCAUUUCUUUUUUCUUGUAAUCUCUAGCAUGUUCAUAUGCAUAGUUUCUGAGUCAGUAGCAAACUAAGAACUUCUUGUGUGAUUCAAGCUAACCCCUCGAUUAUCAGAAGCAGAUGUUUCAAACGACUGAAGAUCAGUGAGGCAUAUCCUAUUUACAGGUUAAUAAUUGACUACUAGAUGCAGGUGCACCAAAUGGUCUUAGAGACAUUAGAUAGGAGAGACAAUGUCAGUGCUCCCCCUACCCUGCCUCCCCUAAUCUAAAGCCUACUCUGUUUCUUUUAUCAAGUGAUUGGCUGUAUGUUAACAGAGCCUGGGGCACUUUCCUGUUGAAAUGCCUUUAAUCCCAAGCAACUGGAUUGAUUUUUUUUUUUUUUGGAUGGUUUAGAUUGGACGACUGAUUACUGGACAGAAUGGCAUCUUGUCUACACCUGCGGUCUCCUGCAUUAUCAGGAAGAUCAAGGCAGCUGGUGGAAUCAUUCUAACAGCCAGCCACUGCCCUGGAGGACCAGGGGGAGAGUUUGGAGUGAAGUUUAAUGUUGCCAAUGGAGAUAUUGGUGGAGGCUUCAGUGGGAGAUGGCUUCACUGGAGAUAUUGCGAUUGAUGAUCUGUCAUUUAUGGACUGCACCCUCUACCCUGGUAAUUUGCCAGCAGACCUCCCAACUCCACCAGAAACGUCAGUUCCUGUAACAUUACCUCCACGCAACUGCACAGACAAUGAAUUUGCCUGCAUGUCUGAUGACCACUGCAUCGAAAAAAUGCAGAAAUGUGAUUUUAAAUGUGACUGCCCCGACAAAUCAGAUGAAGCAUCCUGUGGUAGGUGGAUUCUUAAAAUUUGUUUAAAUAUUGCCACAAAAUAGAAAAUACAAGUGUAAUCUCUAAGUAGCACAGCCUAGCAUCAUAGUUAGAUAUUUUCAACAUGAGUUAGGGCAACUUCUAAAUGUAACAGUUAUUCAUACAGAAAAUUGUAAUGGAAGAAUCAGAAUGCAUUUUCUGCCAGGCCCAGUAAGUGGUAAGUGUCUUUAGAUUAAUGUUUUGGAUUCAAAACUAUCGUUUUCACAAACUUUACUUGACUCUGGGAGUAGCAUUUAGUAGCUCUUUCCAUCCAUUCCCUUUGAUCUGUACUCCUGACACUAUAAAAUAGGGAAUGUUUAGGGAGGUAGCUUUAUAAUACUGUCAAAUUAAUUCAUUCAAAUUUUGCCAUUGCCAAAAUGCACAUACAACAUUAGUACUAUUAAAAUAUGCGGAGUUCAUGAGAAAACCUAUCUUAAUGCAAAUGAGACUUUUAUCCCCUGUGUCCUGGUUUUUACCUGCCAAUUCAAUGGCUUUUCCUAAAUGGAUCAA